AUGGAGGAAGCUCCCCAGUUGCAGGAGCCGGGGCCAGCCCAAGGUCCCCCACUGAAGGGGCCCAAGAUGAAGAAGGCGCUGCGUGCGUCCAUCGAGGGCGGUGGGUCUCCGGCUCCUGCCGCCCCCCGCCCGGAGCGUCCCGAGGGUUACAGCCGCAAGGCCAAGUCGCUGUCGCUCCUGUGCGAGAACUUCAUCUCCCGCUUCGGCAUCCCCGGCACCGUCAUUAGCCUGGACGGCAGCGCGCGGUCGCUGGGCGUGGAGCGACGCCGCAUCUAUGACAUCGUGAACGUGCUGGAGUCUGUCAAGGUCGUGGAAAAGGUGCAGAAGAACCAGUAUGCGUGGCACGGGCUGGAACGCCUGGCGACGUCGCUGGCCGAGCUGCGCGCCCAGGCGGAGGCAGAGCUGGCGGAGGUGGGCGCCGGUGGCGACGACUCGCUGACGGGGCUGGACGAGCGCAAGGAGAAGUCCAUGACGCGCCUGUCCCAGCGCUUCGUCCAGAUGUUCAUGCUGUCCAAGACCAAGUCGCUGGGGCUGGACGAGGCGGCACGCGCGCUGCUGGGCGGCUCCGAGGACGCGGGGCACUUCAAGACCAAGGUGCGCCGCCUGUACGACAUCGCCAACAUCCUCUCCGCCCUGCACCUGAUCGAGAAGGCACACGUGGGCGAGAAGGGGCGCCCCGGCUUCCAGUGGCUGGGCCCCGAGGCGGGCCUGGGCCUGCCCUUCGCCGCCCUGGCCGCGGGCGUGGAGGGCGCGCAGCCGCAGCUGACGGAGGAGCAGGCUGCCGUGGUGGCGGGGGCGCAGGCAGGCGGGGAGGAGAUGCCGUACAUGGACGCCGCGACGGCCGCGGCGGGCAACAACUCCCUGCAGUACCUCCACGCCUGGUACUACACCAACUACUGCUACAGCAACGGCCUGUACAACAACAACUGGGUCGGGAAGCCGGCAGGCGAGGAGGGCCUGCCGCCAGGCGGCCUGGUGGAGGGGAUGCAGGUGGUCGGCGAGGAGCUGGCCCCGCAGCAGCUGCCAGAUGGCGGGCCAGGGGUGGGGGCCGGGGAGGGCGAGCAGGCACCCGGCGCGAUUGCCCAGCUGCCCGGCGACGCCACGCAUGCCCUGGCCCAGAUCCAGCAGACCGUCACGGCUCAAGCAGAGGGCCUGCCUGAGGAGCCCCAGGGUCAGCAACCCUUGCAAGAGGACGGCCUGUGA